AUGAUUCUACAAAUCCUAUUCUUGGUCCUCUUUGCGUUUGAAUGUCAGAGUCGAGUCGUAAGACCACACGGGAAAUGUGAGAAUAACGUCUGUCACUUUGAAUUGAACGUUGAUUACAAGUUCACCAUGAUGUGGUACAACUACACGAACAUUAGAGAACCACAGUUUAACCCUGUCGUCAUUAGAGAUGGAUUGCUCCAGAGAAGGGUCACAAACGUGGCUUGCCGGGACAACUACAUACCGCUCUCUAGAGAAGAAUUCCACGAAAACGUAAGUCCUGGGGAUGGAAAUUACAAACUGGCACUAGCUUUCAACGGACAAAUUCCUGGACCGGAUAUGGUUGUAUAUGAGGAUCAAAUUGUUUCUGUUUAUGUACACAACCUUCUGGAAGUUGAAGGAGUGACUAUUCACUGGCAUGGCAUUAUACAGAGAGGAACCCCUUUCAUGGACGGGGUUGACAUGAUAACCCAAUGUCCUAUUUUACCAAAACAAACGUUUGAGUACAGAUUUCUUGCCUCACCUGUGGGAACACACUGGUAUCAUGCACACACAGGAACUAUGAGAUCUGAUGGACUAGCAGGUGCUCUCAUUGUGUUGCCCAGAAUUAGGCCACCUAUAAGAAUCCCACGUGAGCCAGUUCCUAAUGUUGAUACAGAAUUCUCUGUUGUGCUUAUGGAUUGGAUGAGACAGACUGCCAAAGAAAAGAUGCAGGCUGUGAGAGGGCGGUUUGCCGUUUUGGAUGAAUUCGAUGGAGAUUGUCUUCCAUUCAUUGUACAUCCUGAUGGUUCCGGUAAAUUAUUCCAACUCCAUACGGGCCUUGUCAAUGGACGUGGGAAAAGAUACAUCCUUAAUGAUCCAAAAGUACCAGAAAAACCUUACAUUCCACUGGAGACUUUUACUGUUGAACAAAACAGAUAUUAUAGGUUCAGAGUGAUUAAUGCUGGCUUCGAAGCGGCAUUUGAAAUUUCAGUAGACGGACAUAUGCUUCUCAUCGUAGCUGUUGAUGGAAAUGAGGUAGAACCAUUCAGAACGGAUAUUAUGACCAUUUCAGUGGGAGAGAGCUGUGAUUUCAUUAUAUUCACAGGACAACCCCGAGCCAAUUAUCAUAUCAAUUUUUUUACAACUCCGACUAGAGUUAUAACAGGGGAGGAGAUUGUUACCCGGAAACGUACCUAUGGUAUCUUGAAUUAUCGUGGGGUGGAUGCAAAUUUUAAUCCUAUCACACUAGAAAGGGAGUGCACACGAAAUACACCGUGCCUAGCAGUCAAUCAAGUUUACGGCCUCUAUCCAGCAAGUGAAAAUACGAUAAGCGUGCCUUUAACACGUCUAAGAUCUACUGAAUGGACCUUAAGGCAAAAUCCAGUCCCUAUUGUUGGACCUGGUGAUAGAAAGCAGUUGUUCUUCCUUAAUUUCCAUUUCUUCCCUACAGAUCCUGUUAUUAAUGGUGUUCAAUUUCGAAAACCUACCUCGGUUCUUCAGACAAUCCCUGGUCGGGAUGCUAUUGUACCAUGCGGUCCUGAUACAUGUACUGCCGAAGGCUGCCGUUGUACACAGAUGUUGAAGUUGGACCUUGGAAAUGUCAUUGAAAUGGUUUUAUUCUCAUUCAGUCGAGUUAAAAAAGCCCACCCAGUCCAUUUACAUGGGCAUCAAUUUCAUGUCCUAAAAAUUGGAUAUCCUCCGUAUGACCCAGUAACCGGAAAUGCUACUGCACAAAACCCAGAUAUAAGAUGUUUAGACCAGGCCUGUACAAGAGCUACAUGGGCAGAUCCAUCAUGGCGUCAUGGAAAUAUACCAGGCUUAAAUCUAAUUAAUCCCCCUAUAAAAGAUACCGUCGUUAUUCCUGCCAAUGGUUACGUCAUAAUUAGACUGAAUGCCGAUAAUCCUGGUUUCUGGUUCAUGCAUUGUCAUUUAACACAUCACCAGAUAAAUGGAAUGAAUUUGGUCAUGCAGGAAGGUGAUAUACAAGACAUGCCUCCUGUACCACCUAACUUUCCUACGUGCAAUAACUUCCUGUCUAAUCUGGAACAAUGGUUAACGUCACUAAAAAGACAGGAAGCGAUACUUUUAUCAAAAGGAAUAAAACCAAGUUUCACAUCGGGGGCUGUGUUGCAGGGGCAUAGAAAUUCUGCAAACCUUUGUAAAGUGUUUCCAUGGCAAUGUAGAAAACCUAUGUAUAGUUAAACCUGUAUGAUUA